AUGCCUCAAAUCCUGGCCUUCGCGACAAACGAAAAUACCGAAGGAGCCGUGCAAUCUUUCACAGUCACCCCAGAUGGAGUACUCUCUGAGGCAGUCGAAACAGUCUCGUCCGGCGGCGACACUCCCGCUUUCGCAGUUGGGCUCUCCACAGGACAGGUCGCUGUCACGAACUACGCGAGCGCCAACGGGCGCAUUAUUCCCACGACAGAUACACCACUGGACUUUGAUGAUGCCGCCGGCAUUAUACCAUUCCCCGUCCCUAAUGGGGGCGCAUCCAAUCCUCACAUGGCACUGGAGUACGGAAGGGGUGACACCGUCUGGCGGCUCAAGGAGAUUGGGUCUCCCGGAAACUGGAGCAUCGUCGGGUCAAUUACCCAGCCUACGGGAUCUGGGCCGAGGCAUAUAGCGGUUGAAGGUGACUUGUUAUUUACUCUACACGAAACCACAUCUACGCUUACGGUUCAGAAGAUCCCUUCCCUUUCUACCAAGACUGCCGCACUUCUCGCUAAUGUCUUCAUCGUGCCUCCAGACUCGCCUGUUAACGCGUCUUUUGCUGCUGCUGAGCUUCUCAUUCCUAAAAUCUCAGCAAAGUUCUCCGUACAGUACAUUUACGUAUCGAAUAGGAACAUGGGGGAGGUUGACGAACGCGGUGACACGAUCGCGAUCUUCCGGUACGUUGAGGGAAAGCUGGAGCUCGUUAGCCAAGUGUACACCGGCUUGGAUCAGAUUCAGUAUCUGAUCGCAGGUGGUGUAGCUGGAGAUGGUAGCAUUGCUGUGUUCCGUAGGGUCGACGAAGGAAGAAGUCUCGAAGAAGUUGCAAGAAACACUGAUCUACCCUUUAGGGUAAGCUUCGUCUGGUUGUAA